AAUAGAGGGCUACUGAUGGCGGCGGUGGCAGCUAUGGCGGGGGGGAGGAGAAGGGGGGCGGUGGGGCUGUCGAUCGACGGGGCGGAGGAAGCGCCGGAGGAAAGGGUGGGGCGGCUGAUACGGGAGAACCCUGCGGUGAUCUUCAGCCGGCGGGGCUGCUGCAUGAGCCACGUGAUGAAACGGCUGCUGGCGGCGGUGGGCGCCCACCCGGCGGCCAUUGAACUGGAGGAGGCCGACGAGGAGGCGGCCGCCGCUGCUGCUGGGGGCGCCGGCCUUCCCACCCUCUUCGUCGGCGGCGCAGCCGUGGGCGGCCUCGAGGGCCUCAUGAGCCUCCACCUCAGGGGUCGCCUGGUCCCCAUGCUCCUGGAAGCCGGCGCCGUGCGGUGAUGACGCGUGUUCGCGUCCCUGAGGCGGACCCCACGCCCUGAAUGCUGUGAUUUGCCUCUUUCUUCUUCUUCUUCUUCUUCUCUCUUUCCGUAAGCUUUAGCAAAUUUGGGGGUCUAGGAGUUCAUGCUUGCUUCCCCGUGGGGAGGGGUAGCGUAAAUGUAAAUAGGGACAACAUCAGGAAAGGGAGAAACCGAAAUGGGUUAGUAGAUAAGAAAGUAGUGGUUUGUCUCACUGUAUGGUGCUGAGUUCGGCUUGGCAGUGUGUUCCUCUCUCUUUCUAUGACGUUUUGACCCUUCCAUGGCU